AUACACCAUCUCCGUGUUGCUGCCCUCCGCCUACCUGAUCGGCCUCAUCUUCACCCUGAAGACCCACUCCCACAUCUACGACAUCCAAGUCAGUGACGGGCACGACCACCACCAGGGUCAGUGCCCACCGGGGGGCGCCAGCGGGGGUCACGGCACGGUCGUCCACUGGUCCAGGUUGAGGGCUCUGUCUGUGCUGAUCAUGGCCACGCUGCUAAUGGCUGCCUGUGCCGACCUCACCACGGAGCACAUCAAACCCAUCCUCGACCACUCCGCCAUCUCCCAGUAUUUCAUCGGCGUGACCGUGUUGGCGAUGGUGCCAGAAAUUCCUGAGAUCUUCAACGGAAUCCAGUUUGCCCUGCAGAAUAACAUCAGUCUCAGCUUGGAGGUGGGAAACUGCAUAGCAGUGCAAGUCUGCAUGAUUCAGAUUCCCUUACUCAUCUUGUUCAACACUUUUUAUGAUGUGGGAUUCAUGCUCCUGUUCAGUGACUUGCAUCUUUGGGCCAGCAUCUUUAGUGUGAUUGUGGUCAACUACAUUUUCAUGGAUGGCAAGUCUGACUACUUUCAGGGGACUGCUUUGGUGGUGGUUUACCUCAUUCUACUGGCGUUGUACUUUUUCGCCCCAUCACCCCGUGCCUGUUGAGCUGCUCCGCAAAGAACAAACUUCAACUCCUAGAGUCCUGUCAGUCACUAUUUACAGGAGCUGCCUUUGUGUUAACUAUUUCGAUGCCAUGUCGAGUUAUAUUCUGUCUUUCAGUCGUAUUCAUAAGGGCUCGCAGUGGGAAGUCCAGGUAGUCCCUCCCUGUUGCAAUUUGUUUUCUUCCAUUUGUGCCUAAUGAACAUGCCCUUUACCUUUGGAAUUAUUUGCAUUAUGAUUUUUAAAUUAACAUUCCUUCUAUUUAAGCACUGCACAUCCUGGGGUGUAUGUAAAUGACAUGUAGGAGACAUGUGUUUUCAGUAGGAUUUUGGUAGAUUAAAAUGCAAAUGUUAAAGCAGGGUAUGUUAAUAUUGAAUUUAUAAAGUGGUCACAAUUGUGCUUCACAUUCAUUGGCCUUUGGGUAUUAAGCUGGGUUCAUAUGGACCAAGAAAUCUACACAUGGUGUUAUGCUAGGAUUUGUAUGGGAAAAAGUACACAUUUACUGCCACUUUCUUGACCUUCCUGUUCUGUUUUCUAUUCUUGUGAUUUUCUUUGUUGCAAAGUAUUGCAUUGGAUAAGGUGCAGCCAGGUCUAUUUCAACAAGGUCUUGUACCUGAGCAGGCAGGUAAACAACCUUCCACACAGCUCUCUGUAAAGGAAUGGUAUCUAGUCAUAAGCAAGGGCAUGCCAAUUUCAAUGUGCUUGUUGCACAGAGGAUGUUAUGGUGGUUAAAUAAAUCUUGACUAUUAGGCAAACCUAGAUAGUACUUGGUAAAGUGUGCACUACAAGGGUUCAUGCAAGGAUGACAGCUCAUUCCAUGCCAGUUACCAUUACUGUUGAAGCAGACAAACCAUUCCC